AUGUCCCUCAGCAGAGACCUCCUCUUCUUGAUUCGACAGUUUUGCAAGGACGAGAACCUCCACAAAACUGCUCAUAUGCUCGAGCAAGAGACUAGUUUCUACUUCGACAUGAAUUAUUUUGAAGAGCUGGUAUUGAGUGGAAAUUGGAGCGAGGUAGAGGCUUAUUUGUCGAGCUUCACAACACCCGAUAGCAACGAGUACUCUAUAAAAAUGUACUUCGAAAUCAGAAAACAAAAGUUUCUUGAGGCACUAGACAGGCAAGACUUGGCUUUGGCACUAGACAUCCUGCUGAAAGAUUUGAAAUGUUUUGCGUCAUCAAAUGAACACCUGUACAAAGAAAUGGCUUGGCUCCUAACAAUGGAAGACUUCAGAAAACAUCAUUCGCUCUCCACGUAUGGAGAUAUUAUAUCUGCUAGAAGACGACUCAUGGAUGAAGUUAAGGCACUCCUUGAAGCAAAUCCCCACUUCCGCAGGAAAUUAAAACUUCCUAACAUGGAGACCACACGGUUACGGCGGCUCAUCAACCAGAGUUUGAACUGGCAGCAUAGUCAAUGUGGACGUUCUGAGUGUGUGCCCCAAAUCAAUUCCCUUUUGUUUGAUCACAAAUUGGUGACUUCGGAGGCUAUCAAGGAUUCCACCAAUGCCUUUAGAAUAUUCUCAAGGAUGCCUGUGGAUAAGGUUGUGUCACAAACAAAUGUUCCAGUUCAAAGCCAGAAUUUGGAUGUUAAUUGUCCUGAGGACUUACCUGGAAAGGUUGAACGUUUUGGAAACAUCAAUGGUGAAACAGAAUUGUGGGAUGUCCGCUCUGAAAUUGAUUAUAAUCAAAAUCCCCAAAUUUCAGUUAAUCGUGUUUUAUGGAGCCCAGAUGGUUCAAUCUUUGGUGUUGCAUACUCAAAACAAAUUGUCCAGUUGUAUUGUUAUCAUGCUACUGGUAAUUACAUCGAAAAACAAUUGGAGAUCGAUGCUCACUUGGGAGGGGUACACGAUCUUGCAUUCUCUUCGCCAUACGAUCAAAUUCUUGUAAUUACGUGUGGAGAGGACAAACUCAUUCAGGUGUGGGAUAGUAUGACUGGUUCCAAGCAAUACACAUGUGAAGGUCAUGGAUCCCCUGUGUACUCGCUGUGCGCUCAUCUGAAGGAAGAUAUCCAUUUUGUAUUUUCCACAUCAACAAAUGGUGAGAUAAAAGCGUGGAUGUUUGACAAUGAUAACACAGGACCAAGGGUUGCCCUUGAUGCACCUGGCCAUUCUUGCAUGAGAAUGGCCUAUAGUGCUGAUGGUAAAAGGCUGUUUUCUUGUGGGACAAACGAAGAUGGAGACUCGUACUUAGUUGAAUGGGACGACACUGAAGGUUCUAUAACCCAAAGCUACCACGGGCUCUCUAAGUCAUCUGCAGCCAUAGUGCAAUUCAGCACAAGCAGAAACAGGUUUUUGGUUGCUGGUGACGAACAUUUACUCAAAUUUUGGGACAUGGACAAUGUCAAUAUUUUAGUCUCUCUUGAUGCUGAUGGGGGCCUACCUGCAAAGCCUUAUGUUUGCUUCAACAAAGAAGGCACUCUUUUGGCUGUCUUUGCUGAUGAUAGUAAGAUCAAAAUCUUGGCAAAUGAUAUUGGUACCCAAUUGCUGCAGACUUUGCCUUCUGGCUCUGUUGAUUCGACAGGACGUCCUUGCAGAUCAUCAGGGAAGGAUGAUCAAAACAUGAAAUGUCUAGGAAUUUCAGAGCUAAACAACCAACUGAGCACUAAGGAAUAUGCAAAACCUACACAAGUUUCGCGGUGCAAAUCCCUGAGGCUCACAGCUGAAUUUAAGACAAACAGGAUAUGUAGGUUGCUAUACACUAACGCAGGUAAUGGAAUAUUGGCUUUAGCAGCAGAUGGCAUUCAUCUAUUCUGGAAGUGGCCAGGAAACGGGUAUAACAAUUAUGGCCAGGCAACAACAAAUCGUCCCCCUUGUCUUUGGCAUCCAAAGACUGGAUCAAUUAUGGUCAAUGACCUCAACAAUGACCCGUAUCAAAUAGUCUCACCAUGCUUUGCAUUAUCCAAGAACGACUCUUAUCUUGUAUCAGCAUCAGGAGGGAUGGUUUCAUUGUUCAACAUUGUAAACUUUGAGAAAGUGAGGCGUUGCCUGCUGCCUCCACCUACAGCUACAUGCAUGGCAUUUUACCCUCCAGAUAACAACCUAGUUGCUAUUGGCAUGGACGAUUCAACUGUUCUCAUCUACAACGUCCGAGACUCUGAGCUUAUGAACAGGCUUUCUGGGCACUUGAAAAGGAUUAGCGGCUUAGCAUUUUCGAACUCAUUAAGGGUGCUGGUCUCUGCUGCAGUAGAUUCUCAGAUCAUUGUCUGGGAUACAAUAACGUGGGAGAAAAAGAAAAGCAUCUCGAUGCAGAUAUCAGUUGGGUGGUGGCUACCAUCAGAAACCUCAGAGACCGUUAUCCAAUUUCACAAGGAUCAAUUGCACUUUCUUGCAAUCCACGAGACUCAACUUGCCAUGUAUGAAUCAAGAAGCCUAGAACGCAUCAGACAGUGGAACACCAGAGACUUCUGUGCAAGGAUUUCGAGUGGAACAUUUUCAUGCGACAACCAGCUGGCAUUUGUUGUCAUGAGAGAUGGAAUUGUUAUGAUACUCAGCGCCUUAGAUCUGAGUCCAAGAUUUCGGAUUGAUCCUUCUGCUUACCUUCCGCCUAGUACUGGAUGCAGUCAUCAUGUAUAUCCAGUGGUGAUAGCAGCUCAUCCACAGAAGUCGAACCAAUUCGCCUUGGGGCUGAGUAAUGGCGAUGUAAUCGUUGUUGAGCCUCAUGAGUCUGAAGGAAAGUGGACAAUAUUACCACCAUUUCACAAUGGACCAGGAAAUAGGAUAAUCAUAGAUUGA